GACAUGCAAGAGAAAAACAGGAAGUGUCAAUGUCUCAGAAGUGUCAGUUGUACUUGAGAUCAACCCUUUGGACGCUGUGCUGCUGGGUUCAGGUGUCGGUGUAGCUGAGUGUCCCUGUGAUCGAGGCCCUGUGCAUAACUGAGCUGGGCUGCGGCGUCCCGGGGACGGCUACCAUGAUGUGACGAGGGGCACACUAACGAGGAAAUGCCAUAGGACCCGAGGGGACAUGCCUCACCAGGGCAGUUAGGGGUAGCUCUAGUGCUUCUAGACAUUAUGGGAUGUUAGGGUCUGCGACUACCAUGGGUCUGUUUCAGGUAGUGAUGCCAAACUGAACUGUAUGUCUCUUUAUGAUACAAGGGUGAGCAGACAUGGAUGAAGUGAUCACUCUCAGCUCGGACAGUGAUCCAGAGGACUCUGACGUGGAGAUCAUCGGCUCCUUCAGUAACGCUAUGAGCAAGAGCGACCCGCUGCCCCUCACGGCUGUGCGGGUAGAGGUGGACGCCGUCAACGUCCCGACGCUUUACAUUGACCUCACAGAUCCUAGAUGGACUCUCCCGGAGCUGAAGCUCAAAAUACAAAAACCCUCUGCCUUGACGGUGGUAGACUUGACUGAGAGCAACGUAGCGAACGGGACAACAUGGGAGACAAAUAGUUUACCGCCAGAUGACACUCGAACGAAAAAAGAAAGCAAAAGUAUAAAUCAAACUUCACACAGACAAGAGUGUAACUUGCAGAAAAGCUCAUCAAGAGACCGAGCCGUGUUUGCACUACCGAAGGACUGCAGCCACUUGAAGCCAAAGAAGAGGCCUUUGGAUUCUCAAACACAAGACCCAAAGCAGGCAGAUAAAACACAUCAUGGCACGCCAAUUGUAAAGUUAAGACGAUUGCCUUUCCAUGAAGCUCAUAUCGCAGACCUGAAAACAUCAAAGUGUUCUGUCUAUUUAAACAAAGAUUGUACACAAAUGUCACUGCACCUCCCGAAAGCAGACAAUAACAGUGGAGCACCAGAAUGCAUUAGUAAUUUGAGGAGAACUACUGCAUCAAAUGGUACUCAUCUGGAUCCCUCACUCGAUGAGUCUCCUCCUCAGGUGGUUGAAUCUGUUAUCAGACAGGAAGAACAGGAGAACAAUAAUACAUUUACAAGCACACAGUUAAAUGGUAAAAUAUCUCCGCAUAGACCGACUCCAGCUGACUCUGCCUGCUCGGACAAAGGGGGCUCUGUUGCAACUUCAAAGGAGCCCAGCACUCGUGACGACAAGAGGGAUGACCUUUGCUCAUCCGAGCUCAUCCCCUUUCCAAAAUCCACCUCUUUAUCCCAAGAUGAAGCAGAGCGUUCCUUACAAAGAGAAGAGUUCUGCUCCGAACUGGAAAAACUACAACUAGACAAAGCGGAAUCGAGACAAAGCUAUCUCUCUGAUCCCUUAUUCCCAAACUCUCCUGCCACUGGACCAAACCCUUCUGAGCAUUUUGAUCUUGACUCUCUGUCCCACACAAAUCCCAUAUCUCAUAACCUUACGAGCCAAGUCGACCCUACACCCACCUCUGAGCAUGAACUAGCCCAGAGUCCGUCAGAGAAGGUCAAGGCUGAUGAGGCCUCAAACUGCUCUGACUUCUUGCACUGGAGCGUCCCUAAUGAACCUCUUUUGUCGGUGUCCAAUGAGGACAUGGAUGACAGCUCUGGGGCCGGUACAUACAGAGGGGAUCUGGGCAUUGACAGUCCGGUGUCAUUUCUUUGGCAAGAGGGAAGUGAUGGAGACGAAGUGAACAAAGACAGCAGGUUUGAUCUGGACUUCAGGGUGGCCAGUCGAGAAGACAGGCAAUUUGUUUGCCCAGUUACACUCAGGAAAAUAAUGUCUGGACCAGUUCAAUCCUUGCUUGAUGAAGAAGAGAACGGAUUUGGAGCUCCAGAGGUGCUCUGCCGUCAGAGCCUGAGCCUGGUUUACAGUACCAUCGAUGAAAGCUACACAGAGGGCACUUUGCAGCUCUUGUCUGACCUGCUACAGCCUGGUUACUAUCCCCCCAGAGAUAUCACUUCCCACCUGCUGCGUGGCGUUCUGCUCGACCCACAGUGUCCUUAUCACCUGUGCGUGCAGGCCUUUAAUCUGCUGAUGAGGACACAGAGACACCACAUGGCUGAUAAAACCACAAUUCCAUGGGACUGGGAGUUGCUGACCACAGUCAUGGCUGAUCAGAGACAUCCAUGUGAGGUUGUGCGUAUGCUCCUGGACUAUAUUGUGCAGACUUUGGAGGAUGACUUCCAGGCCAAACACUCUAUCUCCGCACUCCACCACUCCAUCACCAAGGCAACAUUGUCAUGUGAUCAGCAGUUCCCUCGUGUCAGGGAGGUCAUGAAGUGGCUCUUUUCUGCCAUUAUGAAAUCAACAGAGCAUGGAGAGACUAGAGAAGCAGCCAGAGAGAGAGAUGCACUAAUCAGAAUGGUGUCCAUCUUCCAGAGGAUGCUGUCCUUGGCUCUUGAGGUAGACCGUUCUCCAGCUCUAAGCUCUGGCAAACUGUCCCAGGAGCUCUUCCAUAUGCUCAUCAGCAAUAUACCUCUACGAGCACACAGGAUGUUGUUGUUGGAGAGCCUGCAGAGCAAGCUGCUGAGAUGUAAGCUGUUGGAACAUCUGUUGGACUAUGCAUGCCCACUGAAAACCCCUUUGCCCAUGUCGCUCAGUCUUCUGCUCCACUUUUUGAAAUACUGCACUCUAGCACCAGACCCUUCGGAUGGUACUGAACGGUGGCAGAAGUGGGAAGAGUUGGUCCAUCUUCUCUGGAUGUUGCUGCUCAGCUACAACAAAGCCAUGAAAGGCUAUCUGUGCAACUCAGUCUCUGAACAAAGAGGCAAUCUUGGCAACUUGGUUUACAAGCCAGAUGAUAUGAUAUCCAAGCCCGCCAUUCGUGAAGCUGUGGAGGCCUUCCUGUCCAGAUCCCAGGCGGACCUCGGCCAAGCCUUACCUCUCCAUGUGGAAGAGUCCCUCACUUAUCUACAGGAUCAUCUGCUAGAUGUGUCUCAGUGUUGAAUUUAAAAAAACAAAACAAAAAAAAACCUGUUGUGAUCACAUUCUCGGAUUAAUUAUAAAGCAUUGUACUAAAUUAAUAUUUAUAUUUUUGUAAGAGUGUACUUGUUUUAUAUUCUAAAUAAAGGCUGUGCCUUGUGUCUUAAGAAGUGAAAAUACACUGAUAUAUCUUUUAAUUAUCUUCCACAUCAGUUUCUCAA